UCCCAUUCUGUGCCUGCGGUGCGACGGACUGUGAUUCCAGCCUCUGAAUCAACUCGACACGGAGCCGCUGUUCACCUGAGAGAGAGAGAGAGAGAGAGAGAGAGAGACGUUCACACCUGAGCUGGAUCUGUGGAUGAAGUUAUGCGUAAAAAGACGCACCGCUCGUCGUGACGCAGCGUCACCGCUUUGGAUGAAGAGCUCUCCCUAAAAAACUUAAACCCGAACUGGCAGUGGAUUUACUGAGCAACUUUUUGAGGCUUGUGGAUAUCAUGAGGAUUUUAUACGUGUUUGUUGUGGGCUUCAUAAAUGUGUCAAAUGCCGUGAUCGACUUGACCAUGAUCUCCACCGCGGAGGUCACCGACGUCGACCACUUCAGCAUCUCCUGCAUCGAUGGAGGGAACGGCCCUGCCCAGGACAAGAUGAGCAUCAAGAGAGACAAUGAGAUUCUCAAGUUCCCCAAAAUGCCAAAGUUUAACGUGCACAAGCCGAGGACCACGGAGGUCACGGCCAGAGAGUUCCGUGAGCUGGAUCACAUCGGGAUCUUCUACUGUGAAUCCUCUCAGGACGAUCCGCUGCGUGAGACGGUCACGAUGAUCAACAACUACGUGGGAGCUAAUUUCAUUCCAACCCACCUCACGCUGACGGCCAACAAGGGAGCGACAGUGAACCUCAGCAUGGAGCUGCUCAGCUCCCAAAAGAGAGACGUCACGUGGAAGUACAACGGAAACUACUAUUACAUGACUCACUGGAACGAUGUGAUGAACCGCACCGCCGUCCUGACGGUGGAGAACGCAGCGUUCGCCAAUCAAGGCAUCUACAGCGCCAGCUACGUGGGGGACAGUCCGCUGUACGGGGCCUGGAUGAGGCUCAUUGUCAGAGACUGCCCUGCUAAGAAGUGGGGUCCUAGCUGUGAUAAGGCCUGUCCCGAGUGCAUCAACGGGGGAGAGUGUCACGAUAUGGACGGAGACUGUAUCUGUCCUCCGGGAUUCAUGGGGAUGCGCUGUGAGACAGCCUGCAGAGAAGGAAUGUUCGGUCGGAACUGCCAGGAGUCGUGUGGCUCCGAGCUGAACUGCAAGGGGCUGCGGUUCUGCCUACCAGACCCGUACGGCUGCUCCUGUGCCAGCGGCUGGUUUGGCAUCCGCUGUGAGAAGCCCUGUCACAAUGACAUGUAUGGACCAGACUGCAGGCUGAGCUGCAACUGCCAGAAUGGAGGAGUGUGCAACCGGUUCAGUGGAUGUCAGUGUCCCAGAGGCUGGAGGGGACCGAACUGUGAGAGGUCUGACCGGGCUCCCCAGAUCUUGGGCCUGGAAACUAACUUGGAGUGGAAUCUCAACUCCAGCCCCAAGAUCCAUUGUUCAGCCACAGGAAACCCGCUGCCCAGCCACCACGGCAUCGAGCUGCGGAAGCUGGACAGCUCUGUGCUCAAGGCUUCUCACACCAUAAUGGACGCGAACAAGAGCAUCGCCCUGUUUGAGAUCCCUCGCCUGAGCGCUCAACAGGGAGGAAUGUGGGAGUGCAGGGUGUCCACCAAUGGAGGCCAGGACUCCCACAAGUUCAACGUCACCAUCAAAGAGCCCCCUGUGCCCAUCGCUGCCCCCAAACUGCUGGAGAAGAGCAGUAAGCAGCUGCUGGUGAUGCCAGUGGACGCCCACAUCCGAGGAGACGGCCCCAUCAUCUCCACCCGGCUCCUGUACAAGCCUGUGGAGAACGGAGAUUCUUGGUCCUCCAUUAUCGUCUACAGUGAAAAGGAACCAAUCACACUGAUGAACCUGGAGCCUUCGACUCGCUACCGCGUCUGUGUGCAGCUGAGUCGUCCUGGAGAGGGAGGGGAGGGGGAGCCGGGGCCGGAGGCCAUCAUGGAGACCGACUGUCCUGAGCCCACAGUUCAACCUGAGAUUGACAUCAGUUCGGCGGAAGGCCGCAAUGUCACGGUGCACUGGCGGCUGCCGGGCAGCGGUAGCGUUAGUGCCGGCGCCGCCUCGGGCUUUUUAGUGCAGCUCUUCGGGCCGCCGCCCUACAGUGAGAAGCUGCUGGACGGGACCACCCUGCUCAAUGUGCUCUCCACCAAGUUCUACGGCCUGGAGUACCAGCAGGACUACACCGUGGUGGUGCGCCUCAUCAACUGUGGCAGCCGGGGGCCACCGUCCAAACCCUAUCGCUUCCGCAUCAGCAGCCAGGGCCCGUCCUCCCCACGCAACGUCCAGGCCCUGCCUCUGUCCGUGUCCGCCGUUCAGCUGAAGUGGCAGCCCCCCGAGGAUCCCAACGGAGGCAUCAUCAAAUACAUCAUCGAGUACCAGCCUCUGGGCCAGGGGAGCCCUCACCCGUGGGUGGACACGGACGACGGGAACAAGACCACCAAGGACGUGACGGCGCUGAACGGCAGCACGGUUUACCAGUUCAGGGUGAGGGCCUUCUCCAAAGUGCCCGGGGAGUGGAGCAAGUUCGUUCAGGCGGCGACACAAGGGGACGGCCUUCAGGGUUUAACCCCGACCACCCAGGGUGUGGCCGGGAGGCCUGGGGGGGACAACUACCAGCUGAUGGUGGCGGUGGUGGGCUCGGUGACCGUCACCUGUGUGACCAUCCUGCUGGCGCUGCUCGCUCUGUUCUUCAUCCGCAAGACGCUGCUCAACCGCCGCCGCACCUUCACCUACCAGUCGGGAUCGGGUGAGGAGACCAUCCUGCAGUUCAAUUCUGGAACUCUGACCCUGACGCGGAGGCCCAAGCCCAGCCCGGAGCCCCUCACCUACCCAAUCCUGGAGUGGGAGGACAUCAAGUUCGAGGACGUCAUCGGCGAGGGCAACUUCGGACAGGUGAUCAAAGCCAUGAUCAAGAAGGACGGCAGCAAGAUGAGCGCUGCCAUCAAGAUGCUGAAAGAGUUUGCCUCGGAGAACGACCACAGGGACUUUGCGGGGGAGCUGGAGGUGCUGUGUAAACUAGGGCAGCAUCCCAACAUCAUCAACCUGAUCGGAGCCUGCGAGAACAGAGGUUACCUCUACAUAGCCAUCGAAUACGCUCCCUACGGGAACCUGCUCGACUUUCUGCGGAAGAGUCGGGUGCUGGAGACCGACCCGGCGUUCGCCAAGGAGCACGGCACGGCCUCCACGCUCACCUCCCAGCAGCUGCUGCAGUUCGCCGUGGACGUGGCCACGGGGAUGCAUUACCUCAGUGACAAACAGUUCAUCCACAGGGAUCUGGCUGCCAGGAACGUUCUCGUUGGGGACAACCUGGUGGCGAAGAUCGCCGACUUCGGUCUGUCGCGCGGUGAAGAGGUCUACGUCAAGAAGACUAUGGAGGAAAUGAUGGAGGUGGUGUUUGUCUUUCAGGGGAGGCUGCCUGUUCGCUGGAUGGCCAUCGAGUCCCUGAACUACAGCGUCUACACCACCAAGAGCGACGUCUGGUCUUUCGGUGUCCUCCUCUGGGAAAUCGUAAGCUUAGGUGGCACACCUUACUGUGGGAUGACAUGUGCCGAGCUUUAUGAAAAGCUGCCACAGGGAUUCAGGAUGGAGAAACCCAAGAACUGUGACGACGAGAUCUACGAGCUGAUGAGGCAGUGCUGGAGGGAUCGGCCUUACGAGAGACCCCCCUUCUCCCAGAUCUCCGUGCAGCUCAACAGGAUGCAGGAGGCCAGGAAGGCUUACGUGAACAUGGCUCUCUUCGAGAACUUCACCUACGCCGGGAUCGACGCCACAGCCGAGGAGGCCUGACCACCAGCCCCCCCAGGCCCUAGCACGCCACGCAGCUCCAAGAGGAAGUCCCGAGGAUGGUCGCCGCGCUACUGCCACCUCCCCGCUGCUCAACGCCGAGACAGGAGGACCAGGCGCUCUUUCAAAACCACCCAGUUAUAGAUGGAGGACUGUGAAAGGACACUGUGAGGAACGGGGAGAAGUCAAGAGGCAUAAGGAGGAGUGGAGUACCGCUGGGAUUUGGAUGGAGAGAUUGCGAAACCUUUUGGGAAAUAUUGACACUGCCAUUAAAAACCAUAGUCAGAGAAAAGACACAGCAUUGUUCAUCUUACUGUAACAAAGGUGACGAUGCUGAACCCUUUUCUCUGAGAGUGGAAAAAGUGGCAAAAUCAAGGAGCUCCGUGACUUGUUGAAAACACCACCAGGGCCUGUGGGGUGUCGACGCUUUAUUUUUUUCUCCAGUGCUUUAAAUCAGGGGUGGGGACUUUUACUUUCUAUCAAGGGCCAUUUAAAGUUCUCGACUAUCCUUCGAGGACUGUACUAAAUUUCUAAAACACUUAUAUCACCCUAACUUCUAAUGUGACGGCUGGAUCUGCCUCUCUUUGGGAAGGCGUCUGAUGUCAGAUGGUAGUGAUGAUGCCCAUGGCGAUUUGUUUCUUCUAUUGUUUUAAUCGUAGAGAUAAACUGGAGAUUUCUCUCAGUUUCCCUCUGUGUUUCUGAUGUGGGACUAAUUGACUGAGGUUUCAGAUUCGUAGCUGCGAUCGCUCAUCAUCAAACUUUCUCACAUAACAUUGAGAGGCGGUGGACUAGUGGCAGAGACUUGGACUAUGGGCAGAAAAGGUCUCUGGUUCGUCUCUGGUUCGACUCCACGGAGAGAGAACAAAAAGACGAACCUGGAUUGAUCUGUCCAAAAAUCAAAGAGGAUUCUCCCUACCCUGUCUAGAGCCCCUGAGCAAGGCACCUUACUCCCCCAACCUCUGCUCCCCGGGCGCUGUACAUGGCUGCUCACUGCUCUGUGUGUCCUGCACCCGAUGAGUUAAAAGCAGAGGUUAAAUUUCCCUACCUGCAUGAGUGUGUCUGUGCAUGUGUUUGGGAUAAAUAAAUGCAUCUUAAUCUCAAUCUUAAUCUUGUCUCUGUCAGAAUACAGUCGUGUGCGAGCUGCUUGUUGAGCUCCCAGAAUCUGCCAAAGACCAUUAACUCUCAGUGCAUUCAUCUUUUCUCAACUCAACCAGUUAAGCUGCAGGUUUUCGAGCUGUUUUGUUGGUGAGAUUCGUCUUUUUCAACACUGAAAACAAGACACGCUCACUUUUUCUUUUACCUCAAACAAGAAAAUAACCUUUUGUCCAUUUCCCUUGGAGAACAUUCACAUCUACAAGUGACAACCAUGUUAAGAUUCCUUUUGUUUUUGUCUAUUUAACGCAAAAAAUAUUAUUUGCUGCUAUGGGAAUUUGUUUUUGUUUUUCCGAGUCGCUUCUUUUCUGUUUUUAUUCAUGAACUGCCAACGCAAAUCGAUUCUGCAUAAGGCAGGACGUCCCCCCCCCCCCCCCCCCUGAAUGGAGAAAGAACUUUUUUUCAAGAUAAACACUCAAGUUCUCAGACUGGACGAAGGACAAAAGACAUUUAAUGUAGCACUUAAAUCCAGCCUCAUGUUUGCCUAUCACUGCCAAGGGAAUGUAACUACUGCUGUUUGUAUUAUACAUAUAUGAAGAGUGACAGACCGAUAUAAAUGCAACCGUAGGGCGAUUGUGUUGCUUCACCAGAAGAGCCGUUGUUUGUAAAGUACUACUAAUGAAGGUCUAGGACCGUUAUAGUUUAACCUUAACACUAUGCAACCUAACUGCUGCAUGUAUCCAGCACAUAUGAAUGUACAGUAUGUUUUCAUUAGGUGGUUAUUUGAAUAAAGCUCUUGUGUGGUGACUGGACUCAUCACCACAAGUAGUUUGAUUUAA